AUCCAGCACUAAAGUGUCAACUGUUGACUAGGUUAGCUUAUACAAUAACAAUGGAAGAUUUAAAAAUUGAGGAAUUAGACUUAUAUGAAUUACUAGAAAUAGAAAUAGAUAGUUCAAUAACAGAUAUAAAAAAAGCAUAUAGAAAAAAAGCUCUGCAAUGUCAUCCUGAUAAAAACCCUGACGAUCCCAAUGCUUCUAGAAAAUUUCACGAACUUUCCAAAGUCUUGGAGGUUCUAUCAGAUGUAGCAGCCAGAGCGGCUUAUGAUAAAGUACUGAAAGGUAAGAAGGAAGCAGCAUUGAGACACAAGCAGCUGGACAGCAAAAGAAGGAAAUUAAAGGAAGAACUAGAAAGUAGAGAAAAGCAAGGGUUAGACAAAAAAAAUGCAGAUCAAUUACUGAAGGAAGAGAUAGAGAGACUGCGAAAGGAAGGUUCAAGACUAGUAGAAGAGGAGAUUGAGUAUGUUAAAUGUCAGUUGAGGAAAGAACAAAGUGUGGAGCCAGAACAAUGGGAAAGUUCAAAGUUUCGGAUCAAAAUUAAAUGGGAAGCUAGUAAAUAUGAUGCUGAAAAUGGUGGAUAUAACCAGGACAUGCUGAACAGAUUUCUUUCGAAAUAUGGCGAUAUACAAGUAUUAGUUAUGUCACCAAAAAAAAGGGGGAGUGCAUUAGUAGAAUUUAAAGAAGAAAAAUCAGCCAGAAUGGCAUUAGAUUUAGAAACUGGUUUGUCAUCAAACCCUUUAAAGUUGGAAUGGAUAAAUAGACCCCCCAAAUAUAGUAGGACAGCCAGUUCUUUGAUUAAAGAUUCUGAUUAUGAAAGUGUGACAUUAACUAAACUGAGGCAAGCUGAAGAAAGAAAGCGGCUCAUUGAACAAAUGAUGGCUGAAGAUGCAGACACAUGAACUAUUAAUAUGUAAUUUAUUACUUACUGUUCGUCAAAAUAAGAAUCAAAUAUGUUUUACUGAAAACUACUAUUGAAAUUUGAAACCACUUGUUUGUACAAAUACAUCAACAAAAAUUCUUUUCUUGAUUAACAGUGUUGCCGUUUUGCCAUUGCCAGGCGGAAAAAAUGUACUGUCAUAAAAUACCUUCAAUAAAAAAACGAAAACACA